AUGCGUGCUUUUAUUGUUUUAUGUUUGGUGGCCGUUGCUUGCGCCGAUAAGUUGGGUUACAACUAUAAACCUGUGGGCCAUUCUAAUUCAGGUUUAUCUUUUAAUCCUGGUUCUGGAGUAGGUGGUGCACAGUGGUUGUGUGGUGGUGAUUUUGGUUCAUCAUCGAAUGUUGCUCCCAACUAUGCUGGUGAUUUCCCUACUGCCUCCCAUGAUGCUCCUGCAUAUGCUCCACAAGCAGAAUUAGAGAAAGAGUUCUUCACUUACACUGCAAAUGAUGAAGAUUUCCAUGAUCCUGCUGACACCAACCAAUUGGCCAACUCUGUUAAACAAGGUCUCCGUGUCAUCUUCAUCAAGGGCCCUGAAAACAAGGGACUCGAGGAUGCUGCCCUCACCUUGGCCAAACAAGCUGCUGAACAAAAGACUGCUAUUUAUGUAUUAAACAAACAAGCUGAUCUCGGUCACUUGGCUGACAAAUUGAACAACGUCAAUAAGAACAGCAACAAACCCGAAGUGCACUUUGUCAAAUACCGUACUCCCGAAGAUGCUGUCAAUGCUCAGAAAGCGAUUCAAGGUCAAUAUGAUGCUUUGGGCGGUCGCUCUAACUCUCAUGAUGGUGGUGUGGCUCCUGUAUUGAACUUUGCCUCUAAGGCUCCAGUUGCCAGCCACAGUGCUGAAGGUUCUGCACCAACUUCCUCAUACAUUCCUCCUGGCCCCGGUGCCUCCUACUUGCCUGCUUCUAUUUUCCGUGCUUAG